UCAAAAUGUUCGGGGCAUGAGAUGUGUGCGUCUGUGCGAGGCGGCGAGCUGCUUUAUCUGUGGCCUGUUGCGCCUCGGGAGUUUUUUGUGGUGUGCGUUGUGGAUAAUCACAUUUAGUGCUAGUCCUUUGGGCCCCGGAUUGGAAGAAGGGUCUCAAUCUGCAGUCAGUAGCUUCAGACGGGUUGCAGUUGUGCGCUUGUAGCUAAUCAACUGUGUGCUUAUAUAGUUUAAAAUUGUUAUUGUAGUUGUAGAGCAAUGCUUAUGAAUUUUGACGAGUCCAUAUGUAAGUUGACAAAAUUUGCUAGGGAGAGGGACUGCAGGUGCUUGUGAGCAUGUAUCUGCUAGGCAACAAAAGUGGAAAGAAGAAAGUGUAUGUCGAUUAUAUGAAUGUCCCUCUACCGUAUGCCAUCGAAGAGAAUUACGGUGGGCGCUUCUUUGACGACGACGACGAUCUUGCCCAAGUUCUUCAAGAUCAGGAAAUAUUGUAUCAUUUAAUUCAAGGAAGUAAUGGUGGUGGUUCAUCUAGAACUCAUUCGAUUCCAAGUUCUAGCUAUGGCCAUGAUCGGACAUCAAAUGCACAAAAAUUGUCAGGAGAUGUAAACUGUGAGUGUGAGUUGCAACUAGCAGUUGAUGAAGCUUUAGCUAGAGAGUUGCAUGAAAUGGAGAGCAAACUAGCCAACACUUCACUUAAUGACAAUAAUGGAAGAAAGACAACAUCAUCUUCAGCAUUUGAUAGAGGCAAUAAUUCUGCAAGUAGACCUCCUCAGGUAUUGGAGGAGGAUGUGAUUGAUCCAGAUAAUAUGACGUAUGAGGAACUGCAACAGCUAGGGGAAGCCAUUGGUACCCAAAGCAAAGGGCUGCCUGAAAGUGUCAUAGCACUCUUGCCAACUUCAACUUACAAAACUGGGAUAUUCUCCAGAAAGGAAAAACAUGAUGAAUGUGUGAUCUGUUGUAUGGCAUACAAGAACCGAGAUAGGCUGACUAAAUUGCCAUGUGGACAUCACUACCAUCAAGCUUGUGUUGCUAAAUGGUUACAGAUCAAUAAGGUAUGCCCUGUUUGCAAUAAGGAGGUUUUCAGCUAGCAGUAUCAAACAGUGCAGAUUCGUCUGAUGGCCAACUCCAGCAACCGUCUGUAGUACUGCAUAGAUGUGCAUUAUUUGUAUAAGCAUGCUGCCCUGUUGCUGGCAGGUAAUGCGCCGCAUUGCUCAAGGACCAUAUCACGGCCAAAUUAGUGAUAUCUCCAGCGAAAGCAAUAAGAUCUCUGCUUUUGAACUUUUUGACAUUCAGAGUUUCAGACUUGGUGCCACACUACAGUCCUUUUUAUCAUCGCCUGUAUACUAUUCAUUUCAGUAUCUUGUCUCCAGUCCAUUCAGCAUACUUUCUGGAAUGUUGCAACUUGGAUUGAAACAGCGAGAAAUGUUGAAAUUUAGGCACUGGUAUUUUUUUAAAGUAGCA